AUGAGGUGCGGCCUCCUUUCCACCCUCCUCGCCCUCUCCCCCUUCGCCCUCGCCGACGUCGAAUUCGUAUCUCCCGCCGCUGGCGCAUCAAUACCCGCCGGCGCCAUCACUGUCCAAUGGCAGGAGUCAGGGACGGCGCCGCUGAUCAGUACAUUGGAGAGCUACACGCUGCAGUUGAUUGUUGGGGGAAAUGUUGUGGCUGAUGCUCAACCUCUGAUAAACAUUGGGGCCGCGCAAGGGUCGUUUACGGCCGGGAAUGAGGCCACGGGCACAAUCUCACCUGCUCUCGCGAGUAGUCUCACAAAUGGAUUUUACCUCCAGAUGAUCUCCACGGCCAAAGAUGGCGGUACAGUGACAAAUUACUCCGGCCGCUUCACCAUUACCGGCAUGACGGGCACCACCGCCGCCGUAUACGUCAAGCAAGUGAAUGCGUUGGGUGGGAGCACAGCUGGGCCAGCUACAAUUGACGAUGUCACGCCCAACGCCGAUACACCAGCAGGAGGCAAGGGAAAACACACCACCACCCCAGCGGCAGCGGCACCGGCAGGAGCAGCAACUCCCGCUGAAGAUGCAGCAGAGUUCUCCAUUCCCUACAACCUGCAGACGGGCCUGGCGAGGUAUGCUCCGAUGCAGCCUGUCCCGCCCACUCAGAUCACUGCGAACAACCCCACGCCUCUGUUCCCCACGAGUGCUUUCAACAUUGCGCAGACCAAACUGCCGCCCGCGAGCAUCUUGACGACAUACACGCAGGCGCAGACGUUCAGCGUGCAGAGCAUUCAGAAUACGAUUGCCGCCGCGCCCAAUCCGAGUGACGACAUGGCGAAGUUUUUGGCGAGGUGGAAAGACUAG